GGAGACUACCCGCUGUUUAGGUAGAUAUCGUAUCAUGCAGUUGAUAUGCAGGCUAAAUGGGCAUACAGCGAGAGCAGCUGCGAGUGAAUUGACACGAGUAGCCGAUGGGCGCAGCCAUGUUGGAUGAAGCAUCAUGGGAACGUUUUGCUUUUCCACGUUGUGAGAAGACAGAAUGGGGUGUGGUUUUGAAACAACUUCAAGGAUGACUUUCUGGAUACUUUUGUUUCUCAAUGACAGCUCAGUCAGUAUCCAUAUAGUGUCCAAACAGCGUCCAUACCAGUGGCUGCUGCUGAGGGGAGGACGGCUCAUAAUAACGGGUGCAACAGAGCAAAUCAAAUUGCAUCUAACACAUGGGUGUAUUAGCUACCAUUCCAACUAUGCUGCUCCAGCCAUUACCACAAGCCUGUCCUCCCCAAUUAAGAUGCCACCAACCUCCUCUGGUCCAUACAUGUACUAACUAGUGGAAAUGACAUGCUGAACACCUGACACAUUAUUACGGACUGGACAUGUUAGGCUAAAGAUAGCUAUAUUUUCUCUGGGGCCCAAAAAAUGUUCACAAGUGUGUGUGUGCGCAGAUGUGUGUGUGUACGCACGGAUAUGCCUCUGUGUGUGUCCGUGUGUACCAGCCAUGCAAAGGGUAGGGCUGAUGACAGGGGUACUUAUCGGUUCAGCCAACAGAACAAUCCCAGCUCUUGAUUUCGUGGAGAGUUGGAGAGGUGUGCUCACUGCUACCUGCUAGUAAUGUCUUCGAGAAACACACAGGCACACUGAAGACUUCAGAGCUCACUGCUAUCCUAUUUCAGCUCAUAUCCUGUCUGUGACAAGGACAUAUGGACAAGGACAUCAUUCUAUCUGAACGCACAGCAGCCUACUACGAGCUAUCGUAGAUUUCACAGAGAAAUACAAAUUCUCUGCCGUUCAUUGCAUUCCAAUAACAGAAACCACAAGGGACUACAAGUUGUGGAAUAGGACAAUCUUCCAGUGAGUACAGUCACCUAUACCUCACAAUCAGAAGGCUACAAUGGCAGCCUCUCCAGUGAUUGGAUCCUUUGUGGCUGCGGACUAUGCAGUCUUUGCUCUGAUGCUGCUGGUGUCUGCAGCCAUCGGGGUGUACUAUGCCAUCGUCGGAAGGGGCCAGAGCAGCUCCAGAGAGUUUAUGAUGGGGGGCCAGAGUAUGACAGCCGUACCUGUGGCUCUUUCCCUGACUGCCAGCUUCAUGUCGGCUAUCACAGUGCUGGCCACCCCAGCUGAGGUGUACCUAUACGGGGCAAGCUACGGCCUCUUCAGCCUCUCCUAUGUGCUGGUGGUGGUGGUCAGCUCAGAGGUCUUCCUCCCUGUCUUCUACAGGCUGGGCAUCACAAGUACCUAUGAGUAUCUGGAGAUACGGUUCAACAGAGCCACGCGUCUGUUGGGGACAGUGAUGUUCAUUGUUCAGACUAUACUCUACACAGGAAUAGUCAUUUAUGCUCCAGCUCUGGCAUUAAACCAAGUGACUGGGAUGGAUCUCUGGGGUGCUGUCAUUUCAACAGGAGUGGUUUGCACCUUUUACUGCACUAUGGGCGGUCUGAAGGCGGUGGUGUGGACGGACGUGUUCCAGGUGGGCAUCAUGGUGGCAGGCUUCCUGUCUGUCAUCAUCAGAGCCGUGGUCCUGCAGGGAGGAGUCUCCAACAUCCUCAAACACGCAGAGCUCGGAGGACGACUCAACUUCUGGGACUUUGAUGCUAGUCCACUGAGGAGGCACACCUUCUGGACAAUCACGUUUGGAGGCACGUUUGUCUGGACCAGUAUCUAUGGGAUCAACCAAGCCCAGGUGCAGAGAUACAUCUCUUGCAAAUCCAUGACUCACGCCAAAAUGUCUCUCUACAUAAACCUAUUAGGACUGUGGGUCAUCAUGCUGUGUUCUGUGUUUGCGGGGCUGUGUCUGUACUCCGUCUACAAGCACUGUGACCCCUGGACAGCAGGCAUGGUGUCAGCGCCAGAUCAGCUGAUGCCAUAUAUGGUGAUGGACAUCCUGAGAGACUACCCUGGACUGCCAGGAUUGUUUGUGGCUGCAGCCUACAGUGGGACUCUAAGUACGGUAUCGUCCAGUGUCAAUGCUCUGGCUGCCGUGACUAUUGAAGACCUGAUCAAGCCGUACAUACACAUGUCAGAGAAACACCUGUCCUGGACCUCUAAAGGCCUUAGCUUUCUGUAUGGUGCUCUCUGUAUUGGAAUGGCUGGCAUAGCCUCACUCAUGGGAAGUCUGCUGCAGGCAGCUAUCAGUAUCUUUGGGAUCAUCGGAGGGCCUUUACUGGGUCUCUUCUCACUGGGGAUCCUCUGUCCAUACGCCAAUGCCACAGGGGGCUUGGCUGGUCUGCUCUCUGGGCUGGUUAUGUCUCUGUGGGUGGGGAUAGGGGCCCAGUUUUACCCUCCUCUACCAGAGCAGAGUAGGCCUCUGGGUCUGACCACACAUAGCUGUAACUUCACAAUCGCAGCCGAUGCGUUCAACUGGACCACAUCUCCAACAGAACCAAGCCUAUACACUACAGUACUACAGCAAAAUACAGCAGAGAGACCCUUCCUGGCUGAUAACUGGUACUCCCUGUCCUAUCUCUACUUCAGUCCUAUUGGGUCACUUACAACACUGGCUGUUGGACUGUUGGUCAGUCUACUUUCAGGGGGUAUGAAGUUGAAGUUGGAACCAAGGGUGACUUUGAUGAAAGAAGAUACAAUGUUAUUUUGCUUUUACAAGCUCUUUAAAGAAAGGGCCAUGAGACGAGCAGGAAAGCUGGACCUCACAAAAAACAGAGAGAGCAAAUGUGGAAACAAUAACCCCGUCUUCUGCAAUGUCCACGAGUUGGAUUUCACAAAGAGCAGUCUUCCUACAUGACAUACUGAUAAAACCAUGACUUAACAGUUGCUCUUUCUUCUCAUACUUCUCCCUCCCCAGUGCCGCUGUUUUUCACGUGACUCAUGAAUGUCCUGACAGAUUGUAUCAAUAUCUCAUCUAUAUCCUCAUAUUUCUAUAUACAGUGCCUUCAGAAUGUAUUUUAUUCCACACUUUUUGUUACAGCCUGAAAUCCCCCCCAAAUCCUCAACCAUCUACACACAAUACCCCACAAUGACAAAGUAAAAACUUGUUUUUGAAAAGUUAGCAACAUUUUUGAAAAUGAAAUACAGAUUCAUUUACUCAUUUACAUAAGUAUUCACACCCCUGAGUCAAUACAUUUUAGAAUCACCUUUGGUGGGGAUUACAGCUGUGUGUCUUUCAGGGUAAGUCUCUAAGAGCUUUACACAUCUGGAUUGUACAAUAUUUGCCAAUUAUUAUUUUUUGCGGUUCUUCAAGCUCUGUCAAAUUGGUUGUUGAUCAUUGCUAGAUCACCAAGUCUUGCCAUAGAUUUUCAAGCAGAUUUAAGUCAAACUGUAACUCGGCCACUUAGGAACAUUCACUGUCUUCUCGGUAAGCAACUCCAGUGUAGAUUUGGCCUUGUUUUUAGGUUAUUGUCCUGCUGAAAGGUGAAUUAAUCUCCCAGUGUCUGGUGGAAAGCAGACUGAACCAGGUUUUCCUCUAGGAUUUUCCCUGUAUCAUUUAUUUGUUAUACUGAAAAACUCCCCAGUCUUUAUUGAUUACAAGCAUAUACAUAACAUUAUGCAGCCACCAUUAUGCUUGAAAAUAUGGAGAGUUGUACUCAGUAACGUGUUCUACUGGAUUUGCCCCAAACAUAACUCUUUGUAUUCAGGACAAAAAGUGAAUUGCUGUGCCACAUUUUUUGCAGUAUUACUUUAGUGCCUUGUUGCAAACAGGAUGCAUUUUUUAAAAAACAUUUUAUUCUGUACAGGCUUCCUGCUUUUCACUAUUUCAAUUAGGUUAGUAUUGUGGAGUAAUUAAUGUUGCUGAUCCAUCCUCAGUUUUCUCUUAUCAUAGCUUUUAAACUCAGGUUUAAACCGUUUAAAGUCA